AUGAGUCAGAUAGAUAACUAUACGGAGCUAAGUUCUAACGGUAAGGACAAUUCUGUACAAUUGAACUAGAUAGAAGAAAAUUAAAAUCUAAAUCUCAUUGAGGAAACUAUACCAGCACAAAUAAGUGAUGAGGAAAUAGACUUGAGAUACUUUGGGAUUUUCAAAGAGUUUCACAUCUAAGAAGGAACAAAAGUGAUAAAACUUAAAGAGAUUUUGUUCAUUCAAGAGAGAGAUAUUUUACUUUACUAAACCUAAGAAGUUGAUUAAAAUAAUCUCAAUAGAUCUAACUACUACUUGAAUUUGAGAUAGCUAUCAACUAAAAAACUGCUAAAUAAAGUUUAAACUAAUGAUAGUGGAGCAUUCAAAAAUUAAUAUUUUCAAUAAAGAUCUGUAGACUACAUUUAUAUUUCAUUCUAUAAAGAUAAUUUUAGAAUGGCCAAGCUGGAUGAUCUGUUAAUUCCUGGAUUUCAAUUUAACUCCUUAAAGGUUUUUUAGAAGAAUUUUGAGAGGAUGAAAUGUGUUUAAGAUAAAAUUGCUAUCAUGGUAAAUCUGAAAAAGCUGUUAAUAUUUGACCUCUACAUUGAAGAUUUUGAGACAAAAUUUCCUUAAACAAAAGAUGAACUUAAUUCUCUAACUGAUCAAAUGGUUAAUGAAAAUUACAAGGAAAACACGCUAAUAAAACUUAAAUCCUCUGUAGAUGGUCUAAAUGUUUUGGGGACAUAUCUUGAAGGCCCUUAUGAAUUGGAGCCUAUAAUGAGAGAUUCUCAGAUUUUAAUUCUUAAUAGAAUAAAAUACUAGUCUCAAUUAAUUGUAUAUGACAUGAAAACUCUAUAAAUGCAAGGUACAGCCUAGCAGCUAGAAAAAUACAAGGAUAAUUAGAUUAGCAAUGUUAGUGUAUGGGACAAAAAGUAUACUCCUAUUUUAUAGUUAAAAUAUAACUUUGAGGAGACAGUAUUACUUAAGAAAGUAACAUUUAUGGAUAAUUUGAUUUUUCUAAAAAUAGCAUAAAAAUAAAUAUAUCUAGCUAAGUUUGAACUCAUGAAAUUUGUACAAAUAAAUGUCUACUACUAUACACUAUAACUAAAUAAUAUAAGUUUUGUCGCCUAAUCGAACUUAAUUGGUGAACUACCUGAGCUAGAUAGAAUUUCAAGCAAUAAUAAUUAUUCGAAUUUGAAGAAGUCCAAGCUUAGAGUUGAUGAUAAAUUUGUUUAUUCUUGCUUUAACUUGUACUAUUUAACUAAUCAACGUAGAAUAUCAGCCAAAGAAUUGUUGAAAGACAUUGUGCCUGAAGUGAAAGGAUAUCAUGGAAUAGUUGAGAAUAUAAAAUUAGGAAAAAAUAAAUUUGGAUUUUACCACAAGUUCAUUUACUAUAAAAACAAUAAAAUAUCUAGAACUUUGGAUAUUUACUAAGAAUCUCUCAAUGAUUUGCUUUUCAAAAGUUAAAACUACUCAGUUUUAUAGAAAUAAUACUUUAAGGAUGCUAAAUCAAUUAAAAUUGGUAAUGAUGCAUCAAUAAGAUUUAAAUUCUUAGACAAUGAUGAAGAUAAAUCUGAUGGAUUUUUGAAAAUAAACUUUUCAAUAAUGAAAAUAAUGGAAUAUAGAAAUAUUUAUACGCUAUAAACUGAUGAUGUCUACAAAAAUCUUUAAAAUGUAAAUGAGUACUUGUAUCAUGUUCCAGGCUUUGGGAAUUGUUUCAAUAUGUUUUGCUAAAAUAUACUAAUACUUGAGUAUCUAUGCAAAUAAAUCCAAGAUAUACAAAGAGAUAAGCUUCCUAUACUUAUAAAUAAGAAUUUAUUGAACGGAAGUUCUCCACUUGAUAAAGUAUUAGAGAUGAGUUAGUAGAAAAAUGUUUUCAUAAUUCUUGAUUUGAUAUUAAAGUACUAGAAUCACAUCCUCUUCAAUGAGAUAGUAGACAAAAACAUCUGUAGAAUGGUAUCCUAAAGCAUUAAUUUGCAAGACUACUUUUAAAGUUAAUUACCAAUAUAUCAAAUAUUCGACGAUAAAUAUCCAAUCUUUCAUACAGAUGACAGUGAACUUCUAGUUGGUGUAAAUUUAGACCAUCCUUUAGAAUGUCAUGAGAUGUAUGAAACUUUAUUUGCUUAAAAAUUAGAUGAAUAUGAUGAUAGCAAGCCUUUAAACUCGAUUGAAUACUUGUUAAUAAACUUACCUCACACUCUUUAAGAUGAUAAUGUCAAAAUUAUCAGGCAGUUAAAAUCAACAGAAUUAUAGGAUAAUCUGGAUUAGGAUAUGAGACAAAACUACCUAUUUAUCAUAAAUAAGAUUAUAUCAGCUGGAAUCUUAUUUUACUUUUUUGUCUUUGAAGUGAGAUAGAUGAAAAUUCAAAGAUCUAAAUACUUUUAGUACCUAUGGAAUAUUAUUGACAUGAUUCACAUUUCAUGCUAUAUUGUGUUAAGUAUUGUUGAGUAUCAUUCAGAUAACAGUGAUAAUGUUGUUUUACUAUUUGUUGUUGUGAUAUCAUUUACCUUUCUAAAGCUUUACUAUUUCCUUAGAAUAUUUGAAGGCUUUAGUUUCUUAGUACAAAUGAUAGCAAAGGUCUUCUAAGAUUUGAAAUUUUUUAUUGCUUUUUUCUUGAUAUUUAUUGUUUAGUUUGGAUUAAUCUUUACAGUCUUAUUUAAAGCUGCACCCAUUGAGGAAUAUGAUGGAGUUAAUGCUUUUGGAUAUUAUUUGAUGAUUUUUAGAAUAUCAGCUGGUGACUUUACCACUGAUAAUUACAAAGAUUAAUCUUAAUACUUGAUAAUACUUACUUGGAUUGUAUGGAUAAUAGCUGUAAUCAUUCUUAAUAUAAUCUUCAUGAACUUUAUCAUUGCAGUUAUCUCUGAGUCCUAUGAAAAAGUCAUGUAAAAGAUAAUAGCCGAGUCAUACAAGGUCAAAGUACACAUGAUAAAGGAAAGAGAGCAUUUUUUCAAAGAGAAGGAUUUUUUAAAUGAAAAAUUUUUCCCAAAAUACAUAAUUGUUAGAAGAUUAGUUAAUUCAGAAAGCCUAGAAAAUGCUAACAGCGAUUAAGUAAGAUAACAAAUAAUUGGAUUAGAAGAUAUUGAGUGUAGAAUCCGAUAUAAAGGAGUUAAAAACUGA